ACGUAUCUGCCAGCGUACACCGAAAAUUAAUUAGCGCUCACAUCGCGAUACAUUAUACUGCCAGGACUGGAGUGUUGCGAUUUCUUUGUGGACAGAAAUUGUACCAUUGCACGCAUUACUGUUUUGUAUACUUAGCUGUGAGUUAGAUUCUCCACAUAUGGCUAUUUUAGAUGGGUAAAGCCUCCUUAGCACCGCCUGCGUGAAAUUCAGGGAGCUGACUAAUGUCAUAUCGAGUGCAAUUGUAGAGGCAGGUUGCAGCGUUUACAAUCGUUUCACAGAAUGGCAGACGAGUCCCUGUUUGACUUUCUCCAUAUGGAGAUAGUGGCGCAUGUUUACAAAGAGCAGCAGUCCAGUAAAGGAGAGAUGGACAACAAGGACAGAGCUGUGUGCAUUUCUGUCUUGGAGGGCAUGGGCUUCAGGGUGGGACAAGGGCUCAUCGAGAGGUUGACAAGAGACUCCCCCAGCUUUAAAGACGAGUUGGACAUAAUGAAGUUUAUCUGCAAAGACUUCUGGACAAAGGUUUUUAGGAGACAGGUGGACAACCUCAGAACAAACCACCAGGGUACUUAUGUUCUGCAGGACAAUAAGUUUGUCCUUCUCACUCAAAUGUCCAGUGGAAAACAGUAUCUAGAUCAGGCUCCCAAGUACCUAGCUUUUUCGUGUGGUGUUGUGAGAGGAGCUCUGUCCAAUCUGGGCCUGGAGAGCGUGGUGACAGCGGAGGUCUCUGCCAUGCCGUCCUGUAAGUUCCAGGUGGUCAUCCAGAAGUUGUGAUCUGACGGUGUCUGCCAGUCUGGAUUUUAUGGCUUUGCCAAAACGUAGGGUUGUCAUUUCUGCUUUACCUCUGAGCUGCAUAGCAAUAGAUUGAAUCAAACAUCCCCUCUGGAUGAAAUGCGAGGUGUAACACCCUGCUGACCCUCAGGUGCUCCUGGAGGGGCAGAAAGGGUCACUAGACUUUAAAGUUUUAUCUGUGUUUGCUCAUUUGGUUUCUGUGAUGUGAAUGGCUCUUAGCUUUCGUUUGACCUACAGAAGAGGAGCCUGGCCCUGAAUGAUGGCCCUCAGUCUGGCUUCAGAGUGACGCAGUGUCUGUUAGUAGAAUUAAAUCACACCAACGUUAAAGUUAAGAGAAUUCACAUGAUAUCCAUUCCAGUAAUGUGUUAUAAUGUUCUGCAAACGUUCAUGUGCAUGGGGGAAUAAAAAAAAAAAAGAAAAGAAUGAUACACACACACAAAAAACACACACACACACA